AUGGCCGAUUCCGAGACCAUUGUCGUAAUAGGUGCGGGAGUAAUCGGACUAUCCACUGCCUUGUAUAUCCAACAGUACCUGUCGCCCUCACAAUCCGUCCUUCUCGUGGCCAGAGACUUCCCCUCCCAUGAAUCUAUCAACUAUACAUCCCCUUGGGCAGGUGCACACUAUCGGCCCGUGCCCGGGUCGUCACCACAGGCGCUCCGGGAAGCCGACCAAGCAAAACGAACGUACAACUAUUUUAAGCGAGUGGCGGCUGACGAGCCGGCGGCCGGAGUGAAGCUCAUCCAAGGCAUCGAGCACCUCGAGGCGCCAUCCGCAGAAUACCUGGACAGCCAAGGCAUGCGCAAACUACAUGCCCAUUUGGAUGGUCUGCGAUACUUGACGAAAGAUGAGGUGCCCGCUGGUGUAAAAUGGAGCGUGACAUAUGGGACAUGGGUGGUCAACUCCCCGGUUUAUUGCGCGCAUAUGCUGCGCAAGUUCAUUUUGAAGGGUGGGCAGAUGAAGCAAUAUACGCUCGCCGAUGUGAGGGAGGCGUUUUCCGUCACCCCAAAAGUGAGGACGGUAGUAAAUUGCUCGGGCUUGGGCUUUGAGGACCCGAAAUCAUUCAUUAUCAGAGGCCAAACCUGCCUGGUCCGCAACCCCGUCUCUGCAACCAUCACCCGCCAGAACGCGGACGGGACUUGGUCCUUCUGCAUUCCUCGUCCACUAGAUGGCGGUACCAUCAUCGGAGGUACCAAGCAGCCCAACGAUUGGGACCCCAACCCAUCCUCAGAGACCAGAGCCCGGCUUCUCGCCAACGCAAGCAAAUGGUUCCCCUUCACUCUCGAGAGCGGGGGUCAGUUCGACGUGAUUCGAGACAUUGUGGGCCGGCGCCCCGCCCGCAAAGGCGGGAUGCGCAUCGAGGUGGAGAAGCUCGCAGAUGGCAAGAGCAUCGUUCAUGCUUACGGGGCCGGUGGGCGGGGCUUCGAGAUCUCUUGGGGCGUUGCGGAGGAUACUGCGGGGUUGAUGUUGGAGAACGGGCUGCUGAGGGCCCAGGCAGCCCUGUAG